AUGAAUUUCGUUACAAAAGAAAGGUACGACCUUAUCAUAGGUCGCUACAACAAAUUCAUAGAAUCUUUGGACAACCUCGAAGGCGUACCCGAACCCGUAUUUGACCCCCUCAAUCAAAAGCAAAUCGAUGAGUUGAAACUCAUCAGGGAUAUCAGUGCAUAUCUACAGAAAAAAAAGGAUGAAGAUGUAGCCAAAAAUAAUUCUGAAGCCCAAGACACAGAAACUACACCAGCUCAAGAGGAACCCAAAGAAAAUUGA